AUGCUUAAACUAGCUGAGAUUGCAAGACGCACCGUUAGGACAAUCCAGAGUCUUCCAGCAAUACCCGUUGCUAAUCUUCAUUUUCAAAGUAGCAACAACUCUGCUUGAAAUCAGAAAAAUUUAAAUCGCAUACUUGAUAUCAUUAUGAAGGGGAUAGGUUUAAGCGGUAUUCUGUGGUGCUCACAUUGGAUUAAUGACUUCCCACUCCAAAAAUAA